GCUUGGUGAUGCAGGCCUGAAAUUUCGAGGGAACGACAUGUGCCAGCGAUAAUGCACGCGACACGGGUUCUUCUUAAGCGAUCAGUGUGGAAGGGACCGCACUUGGUACCCCUACCCAUUGUAUGGCCCAAGUCAUCCAGUGAUAAGGUGCCCCCUGUGCGAACACAGGCUCGAUCAGCUACGAUUCUGCCCAACUUCGUCGGUCUCAAGUUCGAGGUGCACAAUGGGAAGGAUUACCAUGAGGUGACCAUUACAGAAGAUAUGGUUGGACACAAGCUUGGCGAAUUCUCACCAACACGAAAGCCCAAUAUCUGGGAUAAGAGGUAGAAUAUUAAAUAGGGACUGGAAUCUGGGUAUACCCAUGUACAAAACACUACGUGUGACAUCACUAGAGCAAUGAUUUCAACGAAGGGAUCCAUUC